AUGUCCGGCGUCGAAUCAAAGACCACUGCCUCUGCACAGUUUUUAUCGAAUAUUAUCGGCCAGGCCGUGGUUGUAAAACUACACAACGGAAUGUUAUACCAGGGUGUAUUGGAAUCUAUCGAUGGGUUUAUGAAUAUUGCAUUAAAUCAGGCUACAGAACAUUACGAAACAGAUGAAAAUGGUCUUCUGCAUAGGUAUGACGGUGACGUUUUUGUGAGGGGUACUCAAGUACUCUAUAUUAGCGAGGCAUGA